UUGCCACCUAGUUGUAAAAAAGUGAUCAAGGAAUAGGCAUAAUGGAGUUAGAAUUGAUUAUUUUCCUCACUUUUGAAGAGAAUCUCUCUAGUUCCACGUGCUUAUUAUAGAAUAAGAUCCCAAAACAUUUUUAUUUAAAGGACAAGUACAAGUUGGGAAGUCAUAGUUUUCUUGAAUUUUCACUCUCUUAUCACCAACAGUACGGUUAGAGAAUGUCCAGAAUAAGCUUCCUUGAUUUCCAAUAUGGCCUUUCAAAGAGGUCGCAACCAAAUCUCAACCACUUGGGGUCCUUCAACUGCAGACAAUACUCUGGACUGUCAUCUUCUUUCGAUCCAAAUGAUGAUGAGAUGAAGCGAGUUUUUGAUAAAUUUGAUGCCAACAAGGAUGGGAAGAUCUCUUUGCAGGAGUAUUGCUCAUUUUUUAAGGCACUGGGGAGGCCAAAGGUGGAUCGUGAAGUGGAGAAGAUAUUUGAGGUUGCUGAUUUGGAUAGAGAUGGUUUCAUUGAUUUCGAAGAAUUCAUGGAUGUUCAGUGGAAGGGAGGUGGGAUACGGACGAUGGACAUACGCAAUGCAUUUCGUAUGUUUGAUUUUGAUGGAAAAGGGAAGAUAGGUGCAGAGGAAGUACAGAAGAUGCUUGGGAAGCUGGGGGAAAGCUGCAGCCACAAGGAUUGCAUGAAGAUGGUGAGAGGAGUUGAUGCAAAUGGGGAUGGCUUUAUUGACAUGGAUGAGUUCAUUACCAUGAUGACACAUACCAUGAAGCCAAUUUGAAAUGAACCAUUAGUUGUUGACUUCCUUGUAGCAUUAGACUAAAACCCAUUAAUUUCCUCAAACUAUUAGUUAG